AGUACUACCUUCCCUCCACCCCUCCUCCCCUCUUCCCCGCCCCAGUAAGUCCCCUCCCCUCCCUGCUCUCUCUAGGGGAGGAAGGGCGGAGAGGAGGUGGGUGGGCAGUGUGCGCCUGCGCGGAACCCCGCGGUCCGGUCCUGAGCUGGAGCGGCUUCGGGGUGGCUGGCGGUUGCCGUGGGGACCCGGCCGCGCCCCUCCUUCCCCGCCCACCCCACUCUACCCCACCAGUUCCUCGGGCUCCCCAGCCUCAGUCAGACAUUGCUUGCGUUGACUGACCCCUGUUCCUCCCCUCUCCUUCCCCCCCACCCCCGGCCCCCGAGCUGCAGCCGGAGACCGGGGGAAGAGGCGGCGCCCGCUUCCCAAGAUGUCGCAGACGGCCAUGUCCGAGACCUACGAUUUUUUAUUUAAGUUCCUGGUAAUUGGAAAUGCAGGAACUGGCAAAUCGUGCUUACUUCAUCAGUUUAUUGAAAAGAAAUUCAAAGAUGAUUCAAAUCACACUAUAGGUGUGGAGUUUGGUUCAAAGAUAAUAAAUGUAGGUGGUAAAUAUGUAAAAUUACAGAUAUGGGAUACAGCAGGACAAGAACGAUUCAGGUCUGUGACAAGAAGUUACAUAGAGUGCAGCAGAGCUCUACUAGUCUAUGACAUUACCAGACUGGACUUACAGUAUAUAUUAGAAAAAGAAUCAUUGAAGUACGAAGAAAUCAGAUUCUUAUUGCUAGAAGGAUCAGUUGCAUUAAUUGAUGCAAGAAAUUCGAGAAACUAUAAUGCACUUACUAAUUGGUUGACAGAUGCAAGAAUGCUAGCAAGUCAAAAUAUUGUCAUAAUACUCUGUGGGAACAAAAAUCUGGAUGCAGAUCGUGAAGUUACUUUCUUAGAAGCUUCCAGGUUUGCCCAGAAAAUGGUAGGGGAGCUUAUGUUUUUGGAAACAAGUGCACUAACAGGGGAGAAUGUAGAAGAAGCCUUUGUUCAAUGUGCAAGAAAAAUACUCAAUAAAAUUGAAUCAGGUGAACUGGAUCCAGAAAGAAUGGGCUCAGGUAUUCAGUAUGGAGAUGCUGCCUUAAGACAGCUCAGAUCACCACGUCGUGCACAAGCCCAAAGUGCUCAAGAGUGUGGAUGUUAAAAUUGUGAACACUAUAGAACUAAGCUCUAUAUACAAAUGAUACUUGGGAAGCAACUGAUGAAGCUUCAAGGUUCUGCCGUUUUAUCACAAUCUUUCCACUCUGUGUCUGAAGUAGACCAUUGCUGGGGGAAAAUAAAAGUACUUCAAGGUGUUAUGCAAGAUAGUCAAUAUGGCACAGCAGAUUAUAUAAUAAAUCUAAUUCAAUGGACAAUACAAUUAGAUGUAUACAUAGAUGUAAAAAUUUUCUGUUCCACAUUUUCCUUUUCACUUUUCAUUUAAACAUUGCUGUAUCCUGCCUGUAUAUACUGUAGUGCAGUAAGUUUCCAAAGCAUGGUAUAUGAUGUACGAUAUAAUAGAAUGUUGCACUAAAUGCAGUUUAAUAUUUUUUUUAAUCAUAUGAACUAAAAUUUGUUAUUGUGAGGAGGUGCUUUUAUCAUCAUGUUUGUGUUAUAUUGCCACAUUUGGUUAUAUUUAUGACCUGAAAUACAAAGCCACUGGCAUUGAUGGCCAGUGCAUUUCCUAUUUAAUUUUUUUUUGCCACAUGCUACACAAUGUUUACGUGAUUUACACUUGAAAUACAACAAGGUCAUUACUUUAAAGUUCACUAAUAUAAGAAAAUAAAAUUGGAAAAUGAUUUUUCCGUUGAAAAUGCACCUGUACAGGUUUCUGUUGGUUUUUGAAGUAUUUUCCACAUGUAGCCAAAUAUACUAAACAAAAAUAUUAUACUCCUUUGAAAAAAUUUAUUUGACCUUUGAUCUUUAGAACUCUUUAUGUUUCCAGACUAUUCUUUUUUCCAUCUAGCUUGAUGACUAGAAUCUGGAUCAUUUACUUGGUUUGGGCGUUGGUUGGUUGGUUGGUUGGUUUUUUUUUUUAAUUAACAACAUAGCAUCAAUGUCCCUACUCUGUUGUGUUAUUGUUUUAUGACCAUUCUUUAGAGAACUAUUACAUUGGGCUAAUUUUAAGAAAAUUUUAGAUACUUUCCCCACAUAUUUAAGCUUCUAUUCUUCUGGGUUUUUUUUUUCUCUCAUGGCAUGCAUUUAAAAUCAUAGUGGUGGUGUAUGAUGAAUUAUCUGUGUAUCUCAGGUAUGAGGCAAAACUACAUGAUAAUAAACAUUCAUGAGUUCACACUGUCUAAGAUGCCUUAUUGCAAUUAUCACAUUUCUGAGGUUUUUAAUUCACAUAGCAUUAUCAAAGUGUAAACUCUAUUUUCAAUUUCAAAAAAAUAAUUUAACAUUUUAAUAUAUCAUUACUUUAAAGGAAUCUAUCUUUGCAUCUAUGCUUAUAUAGGUGCAUGUUCAGUGGAGUAUUUAUUUAUAGUUAAAUGCAAUGUUAUUUAAGUUUGGUACUAAAAGUAUAAAGUAUUCUUUAUCUUA